CAUUGUCUUAACAACAACACGCAUUGUUUGUAACAAUCGCUCUCAUGGUGUCACAAUCCACCUAUUGUGACGUCACAAAGGUGGGAUGGACACGCCUACGUCACACCGCGAUAUUGUGAUGUCACAAAGCUCGUUAGUUUAUUAAUAAAUUGUAACUUUAAACAUGAAUCAUACACGUAACAAUGCUGUGUAUUACAUAACAAAACGCAUUAUUACGUCAUAUAUGCGAGUUUGUUAACAAUUUUAUAAUUUGAUAUUUUCAAUUUUAUUUUUUGAACAUUCUGCUUUAAAUUAAAAUGGCGGCAGUCGGUCCAAAACGAACGACGUUUUGCAACGAACCGUAUUACCCCCCUGGUUACUGCGGCUACAGCCCACAAUUUCAUUUCCAAUAUGGCGACACUUACGGCAAGACGACGUCACGGUUAUUGACCGACCCCAACGUUGCUAAGUCGGGGAGGUUGGUUUUGGCGGAUCUGUUUCCCGCCGAAAACAGCGGAAAUGACGUCACGGAUGAGCGGAACGAGUGGAAACGACUUCGAAAACAGAGUUGGGGGGAUAAAAAGUUGAACGAUAAGAUGGUACCCGGGUACACCGGUUAUAUCCCCAAGAAAGAAGAUCACUUCGGGACAAGAUACGCCGAUAUUUGUAGAAAAGCAACCAAAGACUUCUCCAACGAAAUGUCGGCGGCCAAGGACAAACGUAGAGCUUUGCAACCCCGGAUGCCGAUGACGCCGAAACUAGCGGAGCCGAAACCUUACGUUUCCUUAACCCAACCCCAACACUCGGUGUCGCCCUACUUCAUGAACAUCAACGACGGGGCGAAGACUUUCAUGUCUGGAUAUACGGGGUUCAUACCGAGGUCACGGUCAAGGUUUGCCCUCGUUUACCCAAAGUUAACCCGAGAAUCGUUGAAAGAAUUUACUCGAAACCAACAAGAGUUGAAACUAUUGGCCAAUCGAGAAGUGUCAAUCAACCAACCUGGUCCCAGUGACCUCCCGGUGAACCCACUGCAACCCAUUUACAUCAAUGGUGGAUUGUUACCUCAUUAUACAGGCUACCUCCCAGGUCAUAAGUUCAGGGUCGGCAUGACCUUUGGAACAAGUUCACGAUCUUUCCACGCAACCAACCAACCACGUUAUAAUAAAUCAUUGUUUGCUUAAUAAUUGCAACUAGAAAAAUAAAGUUUUUAUAAAUAAACCAAUAUUGUUUAACUCGUUGUACAUUGUUAA